GUCAUGAUUAUAACUAUGAUUAUAUACGCGCAGACAUGGUUAGUUUAUUUUAAUCAGGCGCAUUCCGGGCUGCUGCUGCUGGGGUCCUUUACCCUGGCACUCGGCUGUAACGUCACCAGCUGGAGGAGCACGUGCGGGUGGAGGCGCUGCUUUUCUCUGAUCAUGGAGUACAUGCAAGCCCCAGCCACAAGCAGCCAUGGGAACAUCCUUUGCUGCACAUGUGGAGUGCCCAUUCCUCCAAAUCCAGCCAACAUGUGCGUCUCUUGCUUGAGAACCCAGGUGGACAUCUCUGAGGGAAUUCCAAAACAAGUCUCUGUACAUUUCUGCAAGCAGUGUGAAAGGUACCUGCAGCCCCCAGGCACAUGGAUGCAGUGUGCCCUCGAGUCCAGGGAGCUGCUCGCUCUCUGUCUGAAGAAACUGAAGAGCUCAAUGACAAAGGUCCGGCUCAUUGAUGCUGGGUUCUUAUGGACGGAACCACACUCAAAAAGAAUCAAGUUGAAGCUGACCAUUCAGAAGGAGGUCAUGAAUGGAGCCAUCUUACAGCAGGUGUUUGUGGUGGAGUUUGUCAUACAGGCACAGAUGUGCGAUGACUGCCAUCGAGUUGAAGCCAAAGACUAUUGGAAGGCAGUUGUGCAAGUGAGACAGAAGACUGUUCACAAGAAGACUUUUUAUUAUUUGGAGCAGCUGAUUCUGAAACACAAGGUGCACCAGAACACACUUCGCAUCAAGGAGAUUCAUGAGGGCAUUGAUUUUUACUACAGUUCCAAGCAGCAUGCCCAGAAGAUGGUGGAUUUUCUACAGUGCACAGUGCCCUGCAGAUCAAAGGCUUCCCAGCGCCUCAUCUCUCACGACGUGCACUCCAAUACCUACAACUACAAAAGCACCUUCUCGGUGGAGAUUGUGCCCAUCUGUAAGGACAACGUAGUGUGCAUGUCACCUUGUCUGGCCCAGAGUCUCGGGAACAUGGGUCAGGUUUGCGUGUGCAUCCAGGUGACCAGCACGGUCCACCUUAUCGACCCAAAAACCCUGCAGAUUGCAGAAGUGGAUGCCAACACUUACUGGCGCUACCCUUUCAACAGCUUAUGUAGUCCGAAGCAGCUGGAGGAGUUUAUCGUCAUGGAUAUCGACAUCAUCAGGGACCAGAAACUGGGAGCAGGAGCCGGUCUGAGAUCCAAUAGACACACAUUGGCUGAGGUGUGGGUUCAGAAGACCUCGGAGAUGAACACCAGUCAGCAGUAUCACUGUCGCACCUUCUUGGGACACCUGCUCAACAUCGGUGACCUGGUGAUGGGCUAUGACUUUGCCAACGCUAACUUCAACGACGAGUAUCUGAACAAGAUGAAUCCGCAUCACGUUCCUGAUGUGGUUCUGAUUAAGAAGUGCUACGACAGGGCAAGGAGGAUAAAGCGCAGGAACUGGAAGCUGAAGGAACUGGACAGGGAUAGAGAAGGCAUGGCCUCAGAUGAUGAGAGGCAAUACCAAGACUUCUUGGAGGACCUUGAGGAGGAUGAGAACCUGAGAAAGAAUGUCAACAUCUUCAGAGAUGCCUCCAAGAUUCCUGUUGAGAGCGACACUGAUGAUGAGGGCGCUCCACGGAUCUCUCUGGCUGAGAUGCUUGAAGACCUGAGUCUCAAUGAUGCCACUGGAGGAGAGGGUGCAGACAUGAUGACCGAUUAGAUAUCUGAGAGAAGAGAACACAGAGUGUCAAGAAUAUAUGCAGGAUUCACAAGAUUUAUCUCUGAAAGUAGCUUGAUUUAAGUGGGUUGAAACAAUGAAUUCCAGCCUAAGACUGGUCUGGCUGUUCCCAUAAGGUUUGGCUUUACCCUGCUGUGAAAGAUUUGAUAAUUAAGUAGCUGAUAAAUUGAAUCAUGUGUUCCUCAGGUUGUCUUCUUACUACAGACACUGUCUGUUUCACCUUUUGUAUUACUAUACAAAAACCUAUAAUAAUCUAAUGCUAUAUAUUAAAAUAGCAAUAUUAAUUCAAGGUUAUUCUUGUGAAAGUCUUGAUUAAAGUGCUCAGAGUGGUGGUUGUGUGCUGUAAUGAUGUUAAGUGCUGCUUCAACUUAACAAAUAAAUGAAGAAAAUCCUGA